ACACUCGUGCUAAAUAAAUCCUGAUCUGUGUCAUUUGGCAUAGUUCGGAUUUCAACGGCAGUUGUUUAUUUGUGUCAACAGAGAAAUGGCAACUAACGUUAGCAAAGACGUGGAAGCUGGCUACAAUGUUGGGGCAGAAUCUCCACCGCCAGCAUAUGACCAGUAUGUGGGUGAGCAGACAGGAACGAACACGCAUGUGCCGCCGACAUACUCAGCUACAGCUGCAUCAAAUGACAUGGCUCCGCCACCAUCCUAUGAUUCACUGUACGGCAAAGUGAAGGCAGCGAAAGCAGGAUCAGAGGGCAAUGUUGAUUUCUGCAAGAAAUUUUUCGUCAUUCUAUGUGGAACAAUUGGGUGUACGAUUAUGCUGGCAGUUGUUAUGGCAAUACCUGUAGCUAUGAUUGUAAUGGGAGCUAUACAUAAAGAUGACUGUCCAGCGGAACGUAUGAUCCCGAUUUACCUGAUAGUUGGCGGGUCUUUCGGUAUUGUGAAGAACCUGUCAAGUCUGUUACAGAGGUGUAAGAAUAAAGAUGAGGAGGAUGGGGAUGAGAAGAAUGCUAAAACUAACCCGUUCGAUGCUACUCUCAAUUGCUUCCUAUUUGCCUGGUUUAUUGCAGGAAAUGUUUGGGUGUACAGGACAAAGGAUGAAUGGACGAGUGAUUCUAUGGCAGAUAACUACUGUGAUCCAUCUCUCUACUGGUUCGCUUUCUGGCUCAUCACAUCGACGUAUAUCUUACUGGGCUGCAUCUGUUGUUGCGUCUGCUUCGGCGGUAUAAUGGCGGCAUGUUGUGGAGCGCUAGAGAACAAAUAGAAUGUGCAAGAUUUAUAAACCUUAUUAUUCUGUACCAUACGGUUCCGUACUGUAUGGUAGUUCUUUAUAGAAAUGUACUUCAGUUGAUAUUGGAAAUCUUCCUAUGAACACAAAUGAGGGUGUUACAUACAUAUGCACAUAGACUUGUUUUGUACUUGAUAAUUAUUGAUAUAUCAAUACUUUAACAAAUAAUCAGAUCAUUUUUAUCAACAGUCAUUGUUCUUUAUCAAUGCUGAUUGUUAACAUUAGAUAUUUUUUCUGCAUAGCACUAAUAAAAUUAAAAAUUUA